GUCUGAAUGGAAGAGGUCAGUUAGGAGGUUACUGGUGUCAAGGGAGGGUCGACUUUGGGAGGUGGUGACGUUGUGACUUUUUUCAAACUCCCUUCGGAAUCAUGGGCCAGACCAGAUUAGAUAAGCAACUCGUCAAUGCAUGUGGAUGUAUACCGUCGAGGGUGGUUCUGGCCUCCUUGGCCUUCCUGGGGUUUGUCAACUUAUUUAUGGUGAGGGUCAACUUGUCUGUCGCCAUCGUGGCCAUGGUUCAGCCACCAAAUGUGACCGAGGAUGUGCAGGCACAGUGCCUCCUUGAUGCUCAAGAGCACCGAAGAGAAAGCCGAGCAGAUGACCUGGGAACUGGUCCAGGGUUAUUUACCCUAAACAACUUGACCUCGCGUUAUCCAUCUCUUGAAUCACAGGAUAUAAACGGUCUCUUACCAUGGAAUGAGAUGACCCAAGGUCUAAUACUUGGCAGCUAUUACUAUGGAUACGCACUUACGCAGAUCGUAGGAGGACGACUGGCAGAGCUGUAUGGCACGAGGUGGGUGUUCGGCGGAUGCAUCUUCGGCGGGGCUCUGUGCACUCUCCUCUCUCCACUCAUGGCCAAGUUGCACUACGCUGGUCUCAUCUUCCUCCGGGUGCUCCUCGGCCUUGUUGGGGGAGUGUCAUGGCCAUCCAUGCAUGCGCUUCUGGCUCGCUGGAUUCCGCCUCUCGAGCGAUCUAGAUUCAUAGCAACGGUUUAUCUCGCAACAACACUCAGCGUAACCUUCACCCUGCCACUGUGCGGAGUCAUCAUUGACUGGUAUGGUUGGGAGUCUGCCUUCUACGUGACCGGGUCCCUGUCACUCAUCUGGUGCAUCUUCUGGUUCGGCCUAAUGUACGACAGUCCCUCUGUGCAUCCAAGGAUUUCCCAAGAGGAACGGGAACACAUUGAGUUGUCAGUCAGCGUGGGAGGGAGUUCCAGAUUGCCCUCCAAGAGGAUCCCCUGGAAAAGCAUCGCUUCCAGUCUGCCCAUGUGGGCCAUCAUCGUUUGUGACAUGGGAAACACCUUCGGGCUGUCGCUUUACAUGAAUCAAUUGCCCACUUACAUGAAAAAUGUCCUAGGAUUUUCGAUCAAGAAGAACGGACUCCUCUCGGGGCUUCCUUUCCUCUCAAGGUACAUCGGAGGCAUCAUCGCUAGCUCCUGUGGAGACUGGCUCAUCGGAAAGAGUCUACUUUCAAUCCUCAGUACCCGAAGGAUUUUCAGUGCCAUUGCCAUGCUGGGACCGGGCUUUGUGAUAUUGGGCGUGGCUCAUUCCGGAUGUGAGCCAGCCAUCGCCGUGGCUCUUCUCUGCCUCAGCCUUUUCUUCAAUGGAGCCAUAACAACGAGCCAGCUUGUCAACCACACGGAUAUCGCACCCAACUUCUCGGGAACGCUGUUUGGAAUCAGCAACACAUUCGCCUCCAUUGCAUCCUUCAUUGCACCUGUAGCAGUCGGUGCCCUCACAGAGGGUCAGCAAACAAUGGCAGCCUGGCAGAGAGUCUUUUGGAUGUGCGUCCCUAUUUAUGUCCUCACUGAGAUCUUUUACUUAGUCUUCUGCUCUGGAACAGUCCAGUCUUGGAAUUACUCUGGCCAGCCAACAAGACAGCCGCCAUCCGUUCCAAAUGACCAAGCCGAAGCCCAGCCUCUCCAGUAGAAGAAAGGAAACUUAAGAUUUCUUAAUUUUCAAUAUUGUUCCAUUGAACUGUUGACUAUGGAGGUGAUCUUUACCUUUCUGGGAGACUAUCCUUCGUGUUCUUGGUUUCGUGAGUACUGUGUGCAGCCGUUGUUCACAUUAUAACGCCAGAAUCAGAAGCAAGUGUUGUAAUGUAUUUUCGGUCAAUAAAAAGUAUGGACUUUGUUGCCGAUGUUGAUGACUUAGGGGUAUGAUGCGAGAAUAUGCUUCAAAAUAAAGAAUACACAUAUCUGAAUCUAGCAUAAACCUCCUUACAACGGACCUCGGUGGAAAGUGACGUAUACCAAUCUUCCAUUUACCCUUGAAUAUCAUGGGAAUGUUUGUAUCAAAUUCCUAAUACAACAAAAUCAUCAUACCACUUACAACUGUUUCUAGAAUAUCCUUCAUAUACCUACAGUAGCACACCCAGAGUAUUAUACUGAAAUCGCUUGCCAAAAAGAACCCACAAUAAAAUUAAUUUCCUACGCUAUUGCUGAAGUAAUUCCUAAGCAACUUGAGUUGACUUAAGGAAUUAAAACAGGCAUUUAAAAAUUGCCGUGGAAACAUGUCUCCUAGUGUACACAGUAUCCGUAAUUGUUUUUGUAUUGUAUAAUGGUCUUAAAUAAUCUUAUUUGCUUCCUUGUUAGGUCUGAAAUGCUGCAAAAUCGAAAUAAAUGGGGUAUUUCAUUCCAAUUACAGUGUUUUAUAGCGA